AUCGCGAAUACUGAGAGUUUGAGAGCAUGACUUCUUCCAUGGCCUUUCAAUUAGGAGCUUCUUCCUCUUCUUCAUCUCCUUCCAUCAGUUCAUGGAAUCAUGAUGUAUUCUUGAGCUUUAGAGGUAAAGAUGUUCGCCACAAGUUUAUUUCUCAUCUAGAUCGUGCUUUACUUCAAAGUGGAAUCAAGACUUACAAAGACAGCAUCGACCUUGAAAGAGGAGAGGAAAUUCUAUUAGAACUUUUCAAAGCUAUUGAAGAGUCACAGAUUUCGAUUAUUGUAUUCUCUAAAAACUAUGCUGAAUCCAGAUGGUGCUUAGACGAGCUAUUGAAAAUUCUUGAGUGGAAGAAAAUAAUGAAACAAAUUGUUUUACCAAUAUUCUAUAAAGUAAAACCAUCGGAAGUACGAAAACAAAAAGGAAGAUUUGGAGAAGCAUUCACUAAACUUGGAGAGAAAAUCAAGGAUGACAUAAAGCCGCUGCUGGAAUCCUGGAAGAAAGCUUUAGAAGAAGUAGCUAAUUUGUCUGGGUUGGAAUAUUUAGCCGGGGAUAAUGAGUCCGAAUUUAUCCAAAAAGUCAUUUUGUGGGUGAAUCCAAAAAUAGUAAACCGAACACCUUUAAGUGUUGCCAAGCAUCCAAUUGGAAUAGAAUCUCGUAUACGGGACAUUUAUCAGCAUUUAAGUAUCGAAAGGAAUGAUAUUAUACUCGUGGUAGGGAUAUUCGGAACCGGUGGAAUUGGUAAGAACUAUUUCAAGCGAUAUUUAUAAC